GUUAUCAGGGCACGUGCAGGCGCAAUCUUUCUCUUUUUCCUCCGUGAAUCCUUCCAAAGACAUAAAGUUUACGAGGAAUCCACGCAAGGAUGUCGCAGCCCACUCGACUUUACACCAAAGGCAUUGUCCUUGGUUACAAAAGGGGUCUCAGAAAUCAGCACCCAUCAACAUCAUUGAUCAAGAUUGAAGGUGUAGAGAAGAAGCAAGACACAGACUUUUAUCUUGGUAAGAGGCUUGCAUUUGUGUACCGAGCCAAGACCAAAACUGUUACCAAGGGAGACAAGAAAGGUACCAAGCUUAGAGUGGUCUGGGGCAAAGUAACUAGACCUCACGGCAACAGUGGAGUUGUUCGAGCCAAAUUUAGACAUAACUUGCCUCCAAAGUCCAUGGGUGCAACUGUACGAGUGAUGCUGUACCCUUCAAGAGUCUAAACUGAGUAAAGUGGCUUAGAAUUGUAAAAUAAAAAAAUUUCCACCUGAGUA